GACAAGGUUGCUUGUCAAUUACUCACCUGGGAACACGAAUAUUCUCAUUAACCGUCAAGGAUCAAAAACCUUUUCUUUCCUCCUUAACAUAUCGCCGAUAUUUCGGAACUCCUCACCCAGAGAUUUCGGUCUACCUUUCGUCUCGGAAAUUUAUAUAUAAACAAUGAACUCUUGUCGCAGCCUCCACCACACGAAAAAUUGAAACGCAAAACACCAAAAAUAACCUCGUUUAAACAAACUUUCGUACUUCUCUCCCUCCAUCCAUCCAACCACCGCCCAUCGCCACCACCACUACCACUAAAACAUCGUGUCUUCCACUCCUCUGUAACACCAGAAGAUCAAAUUAUAAGGAAGGAAUUGUAGAGAAGAAAUGCAGAUGAUGAGUUCCAGUUCGGCUGUCUCCGUACAUCCAAGUUUCAAUUCUUCUUCCUCUACCGAAUUGGCGGAAAUCGCCGGUAACUUUGAGGAGGAUUUUAGCUUGAAAUUGAAACUAAAUGAAGCUUCAGCAAAUGAAUUAGAGAGCUUCAAGGAUGAGAAACCGCUGCAUGAAGAAGAAACAGAGGUUGAAGACGAGGACGAGGAGUUUAGUUUUGUUUGCAUUAAUCCCGAUGGCUCGCCGAUAUCUGCUGACUGUAUAUUCGAAAACGGUCAGAUCCGGCCGGUUUUUCCUUUGUUCAACAAAGAUCUCCUAUUCGCCGACGGUGAUUCGGAAGCUAAAAACUCCUUCGCGCCAGCUCUCCGGCCUCCGUUGAGGAAGCUGUUUGUGGAGGAGCAUGAUCAAGUUUCGUCGGUUUCGUCCUCGGAAGCAGAUGAACCAGCGGGACCGUCCUGCGCUUGGGAAAGGAAAGCCGUCGAGACUUCGCCGGAGGUCUGCAAAAAGAGCAACUCCACUGGAUUUUCAAAGCUAAGGAGGUUUCGAGAACUGGUACUCCGAAGCAACAGCGACGGAAAGGACGCUUUCGUCUUCUUAAAUCACCAUAACCACAAAAAUCCUUCAACAAUAACAGCAACAGCCAGUGGAAAAACUAUAAAGGCUGAGAACAGCGAAAAAGCCGUGGAGAAAAAGCAUAAGCCAGGGGCGAAGAAGGAAACAAAGGCAUCGUCGGCGCACGAGAGGCUCUACGUAAGCAAUAGAGCGAUGAAAGAGGAGCACAAACGGAAAUCGUAUUUGCCAUACCGGGUUGGGUUUUUCACCAAUGUGAACGGGUUGAGCGGGAAUAUUCAUCCGUAUUAAGUUUGCACUAGGGAUUACUGUCAACUUUAUUUUUUUUUUCUUUUUUUUUUCAGAAUUAAUUUAUUUAUUAAUUUUUUUUAAUGAAAAAUGUAAACUGUAAAAGGUGUUGGAUAUUAGGAAUCAUGUCCAGAAGAGAGUUAGUGAUGACUGGAAUAAUUCUAUAAUGAAUAAAGGUUCAAUUUUCA